CCGCCUCGCUCCCUGCUCCUUAGCGAGGACUUGAGACUAUAAAAUGAAGGCUCUUACAGUAACCGGGACGCACUCUGCAGCCGGAGUUCAUUCAGUCAACUCGUGCACCGGCACUUAGGCUCCGUCCAGUGCUGGGACCCGCAGCCGCCGCCGGGUCGUCGGUCACUUUCAGGCUGAAAGCGUUGAUAGAGCGGCCGGGGGAGACGCGGCGGAGCCAUGGCGGGGGACGGCUCCGACCACCGGGCGCUGCAGUAUGAGCAAACUCUGAUGUAUGGGCGCUACACCCAGGAACUUGGGGUGUACGCCAAAGAGGAGGCCGCUCGCCUGAGGGAGAGCGGGCAGAGGCGUUCCGUCAGCGAGCGGAACCGGGCCCUGGAGCUGCUGGAGUAUGAGAAAGGACGCUGCGCCAAGUGUCGCCGAUCAGGGUACCCGUAUGUUCUGGAGGCUCCAGCUCGGGACUUUAUUUCUGUUUGCACAGUUCGCUGUCAGAAGUUCCUGAUAUCUCGAGUCGGGGAGGACUGGAUCUUCCUCAUCCUGCUGGGACUGGUCAUGGCCCUGGUCAGCUGGGUGGUCGACUUCUGCAUCGCCAUCUGCCUUCAAGCACAGAAGUGGAUGUACGGGGGUCUGGACAGCAAUGUCUUCCUGCAGUAUCUGGCUUGGGUCACUUACCCUGUAGUCCUCAUCACCUUUUCUGCCGGCUUUACCCAGAUCCUUGCCCCACAAGCUGUUGGAUCUGGUAUUCCAGAGAUGAAAACUAUCCUGCGAGGUGUAGUGCUGAAGGAAUACCUCACCUUCAAAACUUUUGUGGCCAAAGUCAUCGGCCUGACCUGUGCUCUGGGCAGCGGCAUGCCCCUGGGGAAGGAGGGUCCCUUUGUACACAUCGCCAGUUUGUGUGCUGCUCUCCUCAGCAAAUUCAUGUCUCUGUUUGGAGGAAUAUAUGAGGACACCAGUCUCCUGGCAACAAAGAAUGAGUCAAGGAACAUUGAGAUGCUGGCAGCAGCCUGUGCAGUGGGAGUAGGGUGCUGCUUUGCCGCCCCCAUUGGAGGUGUCUUGUUCAGCAUUGAAGUAACAUCCACAUUCUUUGCUGUGAGGAACUAUUGGAGAGGUUUCUUUGCAGCUACCUUCAGUGCAUUCAUCUUCAGAGUACUGGCUGUCUGGAAUAGAGAUGAAGAGACCAUCACGGCCCUCUUCAAAACCCGUUUCCGGUUAGACUUCCCUUUUGACCUCCAGGAGCUCCCUGCCUUUGCUGUCAUUGGUAUUGCCAGUGGUUUUGGGGGUGCGCUGUUUGUCUACCUGAACAGGCUAAUUGUUCAGUUCAUGAGGAAACAGAAGGCUAUCAACCGGUUCCUCAUGAAAAAGCGUCUGCUGUAUCCUGCACUGGUCACUUUACUCAUUUCAACACUAACGUUUCCUCCCGGCUUUGGACAGUUUAUGGCUGGAAAGCUGACACAGAAGGAGUCUCUGGUCACGCUGCUGGACAACCGAACCUGGGCCAAACAGGGCAUCGCUGAGGAGUUCGACUACAUCGGAAACUCUCAGGCCUGGAAGCACCCACAGGUCAACGUGUUUGUCACGCUGGUCCUCUUCAUCGUCAUGAAGUUCUGGAUGUCUGCCCUAGCCACCACCAUCCCGGUGCCCUGCGGAGCUUUCAUGCCUGUAUUUGUCAUCGGGGCGGCCUUUGGUCGGCUAGUUGGUGAAAGCAUGGCAGCCUGGUUCCCCGACGGCAUUAACACGGACGGUACCAUUUACCCCAUAGUACCAGGAGGCUACGCAGUUGUUGGUGCAGCAGCCUUGUCAGGAGCAGUCACCCACACGGUUUCUACCGCAGUCAUCGUGUUCGAGCUGACUGGCCAGAUCUCCCACAUCCUGCCGGUGAUGAUCGCCGUGAUCCUGGCCAACGCCGUGGCCCAGUCCCUGCAGCCCUCCCUCUACGACUCCAUCAUCAGGAUCAAGAAGCUGCCCUACCUCCCCGAGCUGGGCUGGGGCCACCAUGAGAAGUACAACAUUCGAGUGGAGGACAUUAUGGUGCGGAACGUACGGUACAUAACUCUGAGCUGCAGCUACAGAGACCUGCAUAACGUCCUGCUGACGGGGAACCUGAAGACUCUAGCACUAGUGGAAUCAGCCGAGUCAAUGAUCCUGUUGGGCUCAAUCGAGCGUACUCAGCUCCAGUCGCUGCUCUCCCUGCAACUCGGUCGCCCCAAGCGGCUGCAGUACAUCAGGGAUCGAGCCGUCACGGAGAAGAAACGCCUGUCCGUUGUGUCAAAUACAGGCAGCGAGGAUGACGGCCACCGGGGCAGCCAGGAGGUCCGCUUCCAGAUCUCGACAGAUGAGUCUUCCUUCAGUCCGACUCGUCAACCCUCUCAGAAGCCUCUCAAACCUGCACUGAAAAGACCAGCUAGUGUGGUGGAGAGACCCAGCGAACUCCCCACCAGUCCACAAGAUCACUCAAGCAUUGCAUUAAAAGACCUGUUCUGUGCCAGUCCAGACACAGAAACCCCGGAGAAAAACAACAAUCUGGACAGUCCCGUGUCUCCUGAGUUCAGGAGGUCGUCCAAACGAGUCCGGAUAUCCGUCGUGGAACCUGGCCUAAAGAGUUUCUCUUGGGAUGAUGGAGAUGUGGAGGACGACAUGACCAUCAGAGAGAUCGCAGAGUGGGAAGAGAAGCAGCUUGAUGAGCAGGUCAACUUCAACAACUGCAAGAUAGACCCUGCGCCAUUCCAGCUGGUGGAGCGCACGUCACUGCAUAAGACUCACACCAUCUUCUCCCUGCUGGGCCUGGACCACGCCUACGUCACCAGCAUCGGCCGUCUCAUCGGGGUAGUUUCCCUCAAAGAGCUCCGCAAAGCCAUCGAGGGCUCGGUGACGGUGAAGGGCGUGAAGGUGCGUCCGCCUCUGGCCAGCUUCAGGGACAGCGGCACCAGCAGCAGCGAGAACGAGCCACCGAGCUCCACAAGCUGUGGGACCGACACAAGAACGUGUCGCUGCCGCGGGAACACACCCCGUCAGAGUCGGACGAGAAGUCCCAGUGAGGGAAAGUUGCAGAUGGAGGAAGAGGAAGAGGAAACUGAGGUUUUUAAUCUCCAAAGCCACAACAUGCAAACAUCCUCAGGGUUAAGGAUUGAUAUGAUUUUGAAGAGUUCUACUGCUACACCCUCCUCCUCCUCCUCCUCCUCUUCACCUCUUCAUCUGCUCCUCCACCUUCUUCAACUUCACUUCCCUUGAUUAAACAGCCCACCCAGUGCUUUCUCCCAGACUCUUGCACUGACCCAGCCAGAGACUCCUCACGGAGGACGGAGGACGGAGCACAACCAGUGCCCUGCUGUCUGUCAUUUACCUUUAGGAUUCAAGGACAGGAGUCCAAGUCCAAUAGUUGAGUCCAAAACUGGGAUUGGGUUUCUUUUUUUUCUUUUAAAAGGGAUGUUUUUAUGUAGCCUUUCUUUUGCCUGCGUAUGUUUAGAGUUGAGACGUAACACGUUUAGUGUAUGCAUGUAAUGGAAGUGUGAAUGUAUGAACUGUGAACAUGUGAGUGUGUGUUAACAGAAGAGGGUAGCACAUUACUAAUAGGAUGUUUUUCUUGUCUUUAGAACAAAUUUCAAUCUUCUUUUUCAUAUGUGACUAAUCUGAAACCUGACCAGGUGGUCAGGUUUGACUGGAAAUGACACAUUUUGUCCCACUAACAACAUUUGAGUUGUAAGGGGACAGAUAUUUAAGUUCAGUGUAAUUUUCUCCAUGUCUGUUUUUCUUCAUAAGCUCAUUCUUUUACUGUAAGUCUUAAUGGUCAGUUUGAAAGUGCAGCCUAUGCAAGCAGACAUGCCUUUCAGCAACAUCAGAUAUGCCGUUUUCUUUUCAUAAUGUGCACUACUUUAAUACUGUAGCUACCUACAACCAUGUGCAAUGCAAGGCAACACAUAUAAAUGCACACAAGUACAGCAGUGACGCACUACAAAAGUGGAGGUUUCCUGCACAUCUACAUAUAGCGCUCCAUCCGUGUUCCAGAGAUGGCUGAAAGAAUGAAGACAUCAGUCCCUAACCAGCUCCUCUGGGUCCAGCUUUUAAUCGCCAUGGUAGCUAACCUUCACUAGCCUGUUUCAGAGAUGCAACUCAAACAGAUACUGUUAUAACGGGACGGUGCAAGAGGCCACAUCAAUUAUAUGUACAGUUCUGAAUCAUGACAUGCAAACAGAUAAAUGUAGACCAAUGAUUUGGCUUAACUGAAGUAUAAACCAGUCAGAUUUCCACCAAAUUAAGGAAAUUAAGAAAUGAUAGAACAGUGAGCGAAGACUGAAGAGGUUUUAUCAAAUAAAACCCUCUGCAGCAUUUUAAAUCCUUGCUGCAGCCCAACAUCAUCAACCAAGUUAACCGGAAUCUUGAGGCAUUGUUUUAAACAGCAGUGUGGUUUCUGAUUUCUGACAUGAUCGAUCACACAAAUGACUGUAUUCAUGUCUCCCAUGAUGCUCCUGGCUCAUCAGCACAUUCUCUGCUUAUUGACAGCAAAACAUUGGUCUGUUUUCCUUUUCUUCCAGCCCUCCAUCUUUUCUGGUCCUUAACACUUUUUUUUUGUACCUAUUUUGACUAAACACCUAUUUUUGGUCACUCCUUUCCAUUUAUGAGAGAAUUAAGCACGGAGAAUGUGCACCGCAGUCUUAAUGUGGCAUUUGUUUAUGAUAAAAAUGCACCACAUGGAGCAGAUAAAUGACAUAAAUAUGGCCUAAAUGAACAAAGUUGACAUAUGUUUGCUAUUUUGUGCCUAUAUUUUCUGACAUUCUGGGACAUAUUUCACGUACCAGUGAUCUUGAUUCUUUGCUUGAUUUAUAAACUGGGAACGGGGUCUUUAGUUCAAAAACUUUAACAGAUUAAUAUAUUUAAUACUAUUGCUGCAAUAUAAAAUCAUCCUAAUUUAAUGUAUUACGCAAUCCUGUCCUUUUUCCGAACUAGAUUUGAGGUUUAUUUUAUAAAAUGUGUUCUAUUUUUGUCGCAUUUGAUGAUUUAGAAGUCGAUGGUUCAUGUUGUUGAAAUGUUUUUACUAUUAAUAAAAUGCAAAUAACACUAAAAGUAACUGCUUCAGUUGGCUAGCUGAUGCCAAAACAAGAGAAAUGUAAAGGGUGAUGUAAGGGAAGUAAAUCCUGAAGGCACCAGUUUGUGGUCAGUUAUUGACUUGAUCAAUCCACAAGUGCCUCGUUUUUAUUAGUGAUCGACACCCAAGUGUCUGGGACUGGUUUUCUGCUCAUAUCCACGCAGAUGAGGCGCUUUACACACACACACACACACACACACACACACACACACACACACACACACACACAUCUGUAAGUGGAUGAAUAGUGGUGUGUAUUUGUCACCAUAGCAACCGCCAUAUCUGCUCAGCCUCUGUACAGAACGUUAUCCACUGAUUCAGUCCUGUUCAUUUGUUUGUGCUUUUCAUUGAUUUUCAUUGUUUUGCCAGAUCCUUUCCACUCGCCACCGACAUUUCACAUCGUUUCAUCUCAUCCAUUCCCAGACAGCGUGACGUAGAUGCAUCUUUAUCAGUCCGUAUUAAUUAGAAUGAGACUUGAUACAUUUUUUAUGUCUUCUUAUUGAUGAUCUUCUUGUGGGUAAUCGUUUUGUGCAAUAACAGUUGUUCAUCUCACUUUGUAAUCGUGUUUUUAUUUCCAACAUGAAUGCAAGAUUACCUUAUUUUUGUAAAGAAACCUGAAAAGAGUAAAAAGAUGUAUGUAUAUGAGGGGAAGUAGGAGCUCACUCAGGAGCUACAGUCGUGACUGAUAAAUUGAAUAACUCCAAAUGUCUUCAAAAUGCCUCCAUAAAAGCUCACUAGAAUAAGCAUUAAAAAAUGCAACACUUUUUGCACUCUUAUUUGUUCAUGAGGAAAAAAUGACUCCUUAUUUUAGCUUGUGGGACACUUUCUUAAAAGGCUCUGUGGUGAAUGUGUUGCAUGGACUGUAGCUGGCCUUCUCGUACAAACCUCCCUCCCCUUAUACACAGUCAGUUUUAUGCUUCCUUCUGUCCUCUUCCUGAUUCAGAGGACCUUUUGAUUAGAACAGAUCCUCAAAUCAGCUGUUGAGUUGUAUCUUUUAUCCACUCCUUAUGGACUGCACAUGUCUGCAAACCCAAGCGAGUCGAACAAGACCCAGUUAUUUUUCACUUCAAAAAUCAAAACAUUGUUUUUGUACACCAUUGAUGAAUAAAAUUUUAACAAGAA